AUGAUGCAGGAUCGAACAAUUUCUUCCGAUGAAUUGUCUGAAGCACGACGCUUAGCAGAUUUCUGUCCGGUCUUCAAGGUCGAUGAAACCACUGUCGUCAAGUCAGGAGACUCGGUCCGUUUCGCCGAAGCAGCUGCAUUGAAGUUAGUCCGCGAACGUACGAGCAUUCCUGUGCCGGAAGUUUAUAAUGUAUACAAAGACGAAGCGUCUGGACAUGUUCGAAUUAUUAUGGAAUUUAUUCAGGGAGAUGUUCUUGACAGAGUCUGGGACCAAUUUGACGGAAAUCAGAAAGACGAAGUCAUCCAACAACUGCAUGGGUUUUUUGCUCAGCUGCGGAACAUUAAGGGCACAACCAUCGGCUCUGUCGACGGCACAGCUUGCGAGGAUCAACUGUUCACUGACGAAAUCGGUGCUUACGGUCCUUAUGAGGAUGAACCGGAAUUCAACAAUGGGAUGAUAACAGCCAUGGAAAGGUCACAACAAGGAGCUUGGGUCGUUACCAUCUCAGAUAUCAUACGCAACACUUUGAGAAAUCACGAAAUUGUCAUGAGUCACGGGGAUAUUUCUCCAAGAAAUAUCAUCGUUCGCGGAACAAAAGUUGUUGCUAUUCUUGAUUGGGAGAUGUCUGGGUUCUACCCUGAAUACUGGGAUUACGUGAAGAGCCUCUACAAACCGGCCUGGGAGAGUGGCUGGAUCAAGGACAAGGUCGCGGAUAAGAUCCUGCGCCCUUAUUAUAGUGAACUAGCAGUGAUGUUACAUGUUCAUAACAUCACUUGGUGA